GGUGACCUCUCAUUGACCACUUUUGUUAAAUUACAUUGUAUUGUGUGUCGCUACGAUUGCGGAAUAAUUACAACUCCUGAAUCUUAGAUCACUUACUACCCUAUCUUGCUGUUUAGCGAACGCUUGCUAAAAUAUUACACGUAAUAGAAGCGAAAGACCAACAAUGGCUAGUGAAGACUGCCUCCAGGUGAGUAACAACAAUGAUAUUUUGUGCUUUUAAUUUGGUGAUUUAUUUUGCGACGGAACGCUUUAACGUGAGCCCAGACGUUAGCCACUACAAUUCCAUCGAAAGCGCACCUAGUUUACAAUUAAUGCUGUGCACGGCGGUAAAUCAAAAUCUGCAAAAGCCCGUGCGACUAAAUUAAUGUAACUUAUCGAAAUGACUUGACGAUUCAAUGGUACAUGGAAAAUAUAAGGUAUAAGAAGACAGCUUCCCUGUGGCUUGCACGCUUCAGUGAUGAAUAAAGGUCAUACUAAUCAUUCUACGUUCCAGUAAAACAGAGUAAAAGGAUAACUCCAUUGCCAAAGACUGACUGAUCUUGGAAACUUAGUCUUUCUUUUCAUGCUUUGCCAGCUGUAGAAUCAGUUGUCUGGUGUCGUUAAAAUGUUGUAAAAUUUUCUUCCUCUUUCUAGCUGUUAACCCUUUUGUGUUAUGAUAUUAUUUCUGAAUGCACCAUAUUACCGCCCCAAAGGUAGCGACUAACUCCAUGUCUUAUUAAAAAACGGCUACCUAUCCAUCGGAAAACUUUUAUACCAACCUUGUGAAAGCCACUAACCGAAAUACUAAUAUAAUGGCUACUUUGGAUCGGAAUAUCCAGCAAUCAAAUACCGGUUAGAUCGGGUUUCAAUACGCACACUCCUUCAAGCAAGUCUAAGGCUCACGUUGUGUUACAUGGAAAAGGCAAUAUUUGCGCUUUGCCCGAUUAUUCCAAAAAAUAAAAAAAAAAUCGAUAGCCUUUUUUGCCUUAAAAUUCUUGACACCAUCUGUUGCGGCAGGAACGCGUGACAAAGCUCUAAGACCGUCUGCGUGGAAGGCAAAGACCAGAAGGAUGUUUUCAAUGCAGAACUGUAUAAUAGCAAUAGGAGGUCUUCCGUAAACAGCUUUAGCUAUGAAUGAUCUUUUUCAAAACAGUUUGCAGUCUAUUUCUGUCCUUUUAUCCUUAGGCAGGAGCCUUUCUUAAGAUUUCCUGAGAUUUCGCAGAUUUUUCACGUAAAUGUGUUAGUGGAGUCAGGUUUUGUGUCAUGUACUGCAACUUAUUCUUAUCAAAAUGUGACCAUCCGCACAUUUUUGGGAUCUUUUUCAUCCAACUUUCUGGAUAAUGACACUAUAUCCGGAACGCUUUUGCAUGUUACAAAAAAGGCCUUUCGCUGGAUCACUCGUAAUGAACUUUCAGACUGGCAAUUCAUUUCUAAGAAAUCGUUUUAUUAGGGAUAAUAAAGGAUAUAGAAAACUUUCUGGUCAAUCUAAAGAGACAUAUCCUGCGAGAAGGGGCUUAUGGUGUAUUUCCGGCAUGGCUUUUAGGAGUUAGGAAGCCCUUCUCGUCGCUGCCAGUCGCGUAGUGUUUUGUUGAAACUUUCCCUCCUCCGUCCAAGAUAAAGUUGUCUCUCCAUCAUCCCCUCCAAGCAAUGUUGUGUCACUGUUCAAAACACAGGCACCCCAAGCUCAAUAUGAGAGUACGUGCGGUUGCGUAAUUUUCAAAAUGGUCGUCAACAUAAAGGAUUUGUAUGGGAAUUCAGGCAAUAGAUUCGAGAAAUAAAUACUCGCAGUUAUUUUCAAUGAAACAAGCUUUAACUUAUUUACUUGGUGUGUUCCUGCUUCCUGUGUGGUUAUUUUGCCCAUCGGUUGCGAUUUAAGCGAUUUCCUUUAUCCCGAGUUUGCACAAGAGGAAAUAGCUUAAAUCGCGACGGAUCGGGAAAAAAACCACACAGGAAGCAGGAACACACCAAGUAAAUAAGUACUGUCAUUUAUUGUGACUAAGAAGAUCGAUUUCAAACUCUUCGAUUUGACUUCUAUAAUUUUUCUUUGUUCCACAGGAGGAAACAAAUGCAAGGCGUAAAAACGCCUUGGGACUUUCUUAUGUCAUUGAUGAAUGCCCACCAUGGUAUCUCAGUAUUGUCCUGGGAUUUCAGGUAACCUCGGCGGUACAUAAGCAACUAAAACCAAUCGAGACACGACACAUCACCACGUCAUGGCCAUAUCUUACGCAUGGGCCCAGCCAUGCGACCAUCCCUUCUCGUUCCCAAACCCCUUGUUGCCUUAAGCUGGUAAGGAGCCGUUCCUUAUCUGGUGGAGCGGACAAGAGACAGUUGAUGCUGAUCAAAGGAUCGCAGCAUCUGGGAUCGACGUAAGAGAUGUGUCGUAUCUCCGUCCGUCUCCCGAAUCUCGCCGCCUUGACAACGGCGUGCAUGAGUCCACACCGAGACAAAUGACAAAAACAUACAGAAGUUUUUUUUUUUAUCUGUUUUGCUCCCGGGGGAGGGGGUACUUUAGGAAUUUUUGGGUGGGGGUAUGCCGUUGGGACCCUGGAACCCUUAGCCUCCACCAGAGCUAGUUCAGCUGAAAUUUGCUAACUUUUUCUAGAGUAAACUCCCUAAAUCCCCCCUAUCCUAUAGUAGCUUUUAGGCUGAGUUGCGUAAAUUAAAUUUGCCGAUUUGAUUUUUUUAUAUUUUUGAGUGGCAAUUCCACGUUUCCCUAGUCUAGACUAAAAUCUUCAACCAAUUGAUCAGUUUCCAGGAAAAUAAUACCCUAUUCUAGACCGAAACUCUCUGAUUUAUAUAUCCUAUCCCAGAGUAAACAGCUUAAAAACCAUACCCUUCACAGCGGCACAGGCCCAUAUAUGGCAUUUCCCCCCCCCCCGGGGGGGGGGGGUUUGCUACGGUUUUUCUUUGAGUUUAUCGCUUUCAUUCGCUGGAAAUCGAAAUUUUACAUGUAAUUGUAACGUUCAACUGCACUUGUGAGUCUUUACAGAACGCCUCGUAAAUGUCAUGGUGUGCCGCCGUUCGACCAAACACAAUGUUGUUAAAGACAGAAUUAAAUUAGCUUGCUAGCAACCCCUCCAUAUUUGGGGGAGUCGCGAGAAAUCACGCGAGAGCAGCACGCGAAAGGAGAUCUUCGCCACUCGCACGCGCGUCCUUUCGCGGCUCGCUUCGUUCGCUAUCAAAGGCGAGCUGGCUCGCAUGCUUAUAUUAAAUUGUUCUUUUCAUUUUUUAGCAUUACUUAACCAUGUUUGGUUCAACGCUGGCCAUUCCUCUUGUAUUAGCAAAGCCAAUGUGUUACGAUCAGAAUCCUCUGGCCACCAGUGAGAUAAUCAGUACUAUAUUCUUUGUUUCUGGCCUCUGUACUCUUUUGCAAACAAUCUUUGGAAACAGGUAAGAGGUAUCAUAGAACAGCUUAUCGAUGUUGUUUUUUUUUGCGUUGUUUUAGUUUCGAUUUUCGCCGUUCUCUCGGACUCGGUCAUGCUCCUACACGAGAAGAGGGAGGGGAGGAGCGAGACUGGGCUCAUUUUCCGAGAAAAGUAACAAUGUGACAAAUGUAUAUGAAAUAAAUCGCUUCCAUCCAUAGUUUGCCAUUAUCGUCAUUAAGCUGAAAAGUUCUUCAUUUAGGGCCUAUUUAUAUGGAGGUGAAGGACCCCAGAUAGGUGAGGUAACAUUUGGCGGGUCACCCCACCUAUCAUGUAAACGUGAUCAAAUUAAAAUGACAGAUUAUACGAACAGGAGAGUUACCUCAAAUACCUUGGGUCCCCCACCUUCAUGUAAACAGGCCCUUAAUGUUGUCUAGAGUAAAGAAACUUCACCGUGAUUUGUUACACUGGUAAAUUUUAUCACUUGUUUGCCCCCUGAGAAAACACGUGACAUAGCUUUUAUCCCAUCAGUCAUUAAGCGCGUGCAAAGAUGGCGAGUAUCGUGAAUAACACUAAUGAAUGUACAUCGCUUAGCAGCUCCUCUUAUCCUAAAAAGUAUGAAAGUUGUUACGUGCAAGAACACAAAGGUCUCUUGUAGCCUGCGAGCAAGCUCUCCGGGGUGCUCUGGCGGCAAGGCGGGAAAAGGAAGGAAAGCUUACAACUACGUUUCUGGAAUUUGAAUAUCUGUAUCGAAAAAGUCGAUGCGAAAUGCCGAUUGGCGGAGAUGACAUUAGUAAUGACGUCAUUACCCUUGCCACAAGUUUUUCAAUGUUUGCUCACAUUCGCGCUUGUUUCCGCCUCGCGCUGAUUGGCGGAAAUCUGACAGCUCAGUCGACGGGGAGCCACAGGGGGAUUGGAGGUGGAAUUGAAAUUCCAGAGACGUGGAAUUCAAAUUCCAGGAACGUAGUUGCAAGCUCUCCUUCAUUUUCCCCAGCCGCCGCCAGAGCCCCCCGGAGAGCUUUCUCGCACGCUAGUUCUCUUGGUAAGGGAGAAGCUUUUGAGGCUUAAAAGUCCUUCAUUUCUUGGUUAUCGUUUUUGCUAAUUCUCAUCUCUCCAUUGCCCCCACCCUCUUAGCGGGGGAAAUAAUUCUGAGACUAUACAACUCGUGUGAGACCUUAAGUUCACUUACAAUUCGAGAAACCAUAAGGAUUUUAUCACUUGCCGUUUCUAACUGCAAGUAGAGGGAAAGGCUCCUUGAUUUUAAAUAAACAGAAAUCGCCAUUCAUUUAGUCAAGUCUUUUUUGAAUUUCAUUAUUACAGUCUUAUGUUCAAACUCUCUUGCCUCACUCAGGCUUCCCAUUGUGCAAGGCGGCACCUUCUCGUUCCUUACUCCAACCAUUGCUAUUCUCAGUCUUCCUAAAUGGCAAUGCCCAUCAUCCUCUGCACCGACAAUGACACCAACAGGUAACAUACGCAUAGAGCGGUUUUCACUUGACUGUCGUAAAACCAAAACCAAAGUAAAUACACUAGCCAACCAAAGGGCGUAGUAAAACCAAAACCAAAACCAAAACUAAUCCCUUUCGACAGUCAAGUGAAAACCGCUCUACUACGCCCUUUGGUUGGCUAGUGUAUUUACUUUGGUUUUGGUUUUACGACAGUCAAGUGAAAACCGCUCUAUACUGAUCCAAGAUUUGUUAUUACGAAAUGUGAACAAAGUAUGGAAAUGCUUCUAAAGCGCAAACUACCUGAUCUGAAGCAAGCAAGGGUCUUUAUUUUAUUUUAGCAGCUUUUAUGAACACAGGCCUGCCCAGAGGGAAUGGGCAAGAAGGGGACUCAUGUCCCAUUCGAGGUGCCAUCCCUACUCAAUCCCACAACAGGGUUGACCACACCACCGGGGUCUACGUCCCCUACUCUUUUCGAACAGUGGUGUGGGUUCUUUUAUGUCCCACGAGAACAGAUUAUUGAAAGUGCUGUGAGACGGGACCUACGGUCUCUCGUCCUUAUCUCGAGGAGAGAGAAAAAUGACCCGACGGACUUCCUAUCACGCAUGCUCUGUCGUUUCUUUAACAACCAGUUGCGUGUAAGUCACGUGCGUCAGAACGUACAAAACCUCUGUUCGCAAUAAAAAUGUGAGCCUAGAAAUUUCCUCUGUAUAGUCUUUACAGGGGCAUACAAGAUUCCGAUUAACGUUGAUGUUGUCAGAAUAUAAUCGUGAGGCAAAGUGUUGCUUAUGACGGAAAUUUACAGUUAAGAUGAUGACGAUGCUAGCGCUUGGGACGACGGUGAUCAACCAUAUUAUUUAUAGAGAUUUGGAGUCUCGUUUACGGCAAACGGCAGACGGCAAACGUGAAUUUGUGCCUUAUGACCAAGUUAAGGUUUCCCCUUAUUUGUCAAAAAACACGUAAGUAGUUCGACGUCGUUUUCAGCCAUUAGAAUUGUUAUAGACUGUUUUUGUCUGCUCAUUUUCUAUUUUGAGAAAUUCUCAAAUUGAGUCUGACGUUUGCCGUAAACGCUACUCUAAAUCUCUCUAAUUACGGCAUUUUUGUGGCGAUGACAGAGACCAAAACGCUGAAGUUGAUGUUAUUAUUAUUAUUAUUGUUAUAUUUUUCAGAUGCAAACGUGUCCACUAACCUGCCAACAACUGUCUUCACUGAUGCAUGGAAACCACGAAUGAGAGAGGUAAUUGCAUCUUGUAAUGUUCAUUUUACAACUGAAUUGGUUACUGAACGGCACAUCCGGGGAUAUAUAACAGAACCGUCCAAUGAGGCCUUUGCAUUUGCAGUUGAUCAGUCACGUGGUACGAAACCUCUAUGCUGGGAGGCAAGACUAACACACUGAAACAAAGGAGUACCAUUUAACCUGCCGUUAUCUUCUUUUUUUACACGGAAAUAAAUAGAGGAUAUUACAAGGCUGCGCGGAGAUACGAAAUUUCUUUUCUCUUGUUGAAGAACUAUUUCACUCGUUCGCGCCUAUUUAUCAUAUAAACACCAAUGAAAUACCAAACCAUUUCACUGUAGUAGAUUUUGGCUGUGAAAGGCGCGAUUUAAUAUGUAGCCAUAACAGCGUGGACCUUUUCACGUGUGAAGAUAACAUGCUAUUUUCCCGUGUGAAGAUAUCAUGUUUUCGCCCGAAAGUUCACCUGGUAUUUUAUUAGUGUUCACAAAAUAAUAAAAAAAUACUUUGUUUUUUAGAUUCAAGGAGCCAUCAUGGUUGCGGCCAUGUUCCAAAUUCUAAUCGGCUUUACUGGACUGGUUGGAUUUCUGCUCCGUUUUGUUGGACCACUAACUAUAGCUCCCACCAUCACAUUGGUGGGUCUUGCACUCUUCCAGGCCUCAGCAGACUUCUCAGGUAUAAAAACAAUCUGA